CUCGGUUUACGACAGUGUGGGAACGGUGGGCAAGAUGGCGGCGCUGAAGGAGGAGCGGAGCUACGGACUGUCCUGUGGAAGAGUGAGCAACGGCAGUAAUGUCACCGUCUUUCACGUUAAACUCACUGACAGCGCUUUGAGGGCGUUGGAAGGCUUUCAGAGCAGCAAGGUCCUGUCAUUACAGCCAUUGAUACGAUUUAAUGGAAACCAAGGGAAAAUUUCAAUACCACGCUCAGAAACUUCCAGUGAGCAGCAAACGUUUACUUUCGACCUAUCGAAUGUGGGCAGAGAUAACCCCCAGGGCAGCUUCGACUGCAUCCAGCAGUACAUCACCAGUGAAGGGAGCAUUCAGCUGGAUUGUCUGGGCAGCAUCCAGGACAAGAUCACAGUGAGAGCGACCGACGACUCCUACCAGAAGGCUAGAGAAAACAUGGCCCAGGUUGAGGAGGAGACUCGCAGUAGGAGCGCUAUCGUCAUUAAGCCAGGGGGAAGAUAUGUAGGUAAGAAAGUCCAGAUCCGGAAACCAGCGCCUGGUCUUUCAGAUGUGGCUCCCUCACGGAGGACAUCUCGGCCUGUCCUCAUCUCUAGCAGUACGCAAAAAAAAUGCACAACUCAGCACCGGCCUCUCCGUGAGCGCCUCAUACACCUGCUGGCCCUGAAACCUUACAAAAAGCCUGAGUUGAUUUUAAGGUUGCAGAAGGACGGCCUUUCACAGCUGGACAAAGAAUCCCUGGACAGCCACCUGCAACAGGUCGCCAAUCUAAAUGGGAAAGAAAAUACCUUCACAUUGAAGGAUUUCAUGUAUAAGGAAGUCCAGAAAGAUUGGCCGGGGUACACCGAGGGAGACCAGCAGCUUCUCAAGAGAAUUUUGUUCAGAAAACAGGCCCAAAGCAGUUCUGCCCCUGUACCAGAGAGUCCUCCCAAAGAGCUGGGAUCCACUUCUCCAUCUCAGAAACGACCUGCUGCUGACUUCAUUGACCCUCUUGUCAACAAAAAGCCCAGAAUAUCACACCUUGCCAACAAGGCUGCAACAGUCCAAGUGAACGGCAAGCUCAGCUCUUCCUGCAGCAAAGGAGAUUCUGUGGGAGCGCCGUUGUCUACAUCCGAAGGCGGCGUAACAUCCGGCUCACAGCCACUCCCGAUGCUGGACAUCCCUCGUCCUUUCGAGGCUUUAUCAGACGUCAGCAAUGACUCCAGCAACAACGGGCGGGACUGCGACUCUCAGGAAGCGGCGCUGUCCGAGCGGCUCAGUCAGCCGCCGUCGCUUCCGUCUAUGCCGACGGUGGCCUUCGCUCCGAGCAUCGGCACAUCCUCCUCCGGGCACACGGUGCUGGAAGGCCCACGGGACAGUAGCCCUAUGGCAAUUAAUAACAAAACCAAAAAGAAGUCAAAAAAGCAUAAAGACAAGGAGAAAAGCAAGGGGAAAGGGAGGGAGAAGGAGAAAAAGGUCUGUCCGGAGCCUUUGUCUGAGCCUAAAGCAGCCUGUGAAAUGAGCCUGAAGAACUCCAAGAACAACAGUAUUGCAUUAAAAAGCACAGAUCUGAAUGGGAUGUGCAAAGCUACCAGUAUUCCUUCAUCAUCACCUGAAGUUGCAGAUUAUUUAUUGAAAUACACGGUGAUCAACUCCCCGGAGCAGCGACAGAAGUAUAAAAAUGAUUUCAACGCUGAGUAUAGUGAGUACCGGGGUCUGCAUGCUCGAAUAGAGGGCAUCACCCGGCAGUUCACUGUGCUCGACAACGAGCUGAAACAGCUUCAACAUGGCACAGACAAGUACAAGUCGAUCCACAAUCAAAUACUUCAAGAGUAUCAUAAAAUCAAAAAGACUAAUCCAAACUAUAGCCAAGAGAAGAACCGCUGUGAAUAUCUACACCACAAGCUGGCUCAUAUAAAGAAACUUAUCGCGGAGUACGAUCAUCAGCAACUUUAAACCUAGAGUCUGUUUUCCUGCUCUGCCUGGAAACCUGGCAGAUGAAAGGACGGCUCUGGAUUCCUCUUCCACUAACAUGAAUUACAUGAAGGGACAAAUCUGGUUCAUUGAGGCUUGGUGGGACACAUGAUCAGUUUAUUUUACAUUUGUUUGGGGGCGUUUUUGCCGUUUAUUUUCUUUCCUUUAAUAAUCUGGUUAGGAUCUAUGAGUGUAGAUAAAGUCGAUCCAGAUAGAUGGCUUCUCAGCAGCCUUCCCUGCCUUCAGAAAGUCUGAGAGUUCAUCCGGAGAUAUUCCAAAAAAAUCUGCAUCACAUGCUUUUGAAACUGGAUUAAAUCAACCUCUAAGAUGAAAUUAGCAUUUUCUACACCAAAUGCAUCUAAUUUGUGUUUGAAUAUUUAAAAAGUGAACAGCUCAUGAGUUUUCUCCACAUAAUAUGCUUGCAAAGUUUAAUCUUUUAAGUUAUUUAUUUUUUUUGUCAUUUAUGUCGGGGUGCAAUUUUUUACACUCCUUUUGAAGAAACGAAUCAAUACUAAUGCUGUCUAUUACUUUGUGUCCUCACUUCAUGAAUGUCUACCAGUAUUUUAUAAUUCAGAAGCUGCCUUUCCCUUCUAAUUGUCAGUGUUGGCAAUAACAUCCUGUCUCUUUGUAGAGAUGCAGAAAUUAGUAUUUGAAUCAUAAAGAGAUGCACCGAGUCAAACACUGAUUUCUCGUGUUUGGCUUUGCUAAAAUCAAGGCGAUGUCUUAACGGAGCAGUAGACGUUCUCAGUCACUGUUGGAAUGUAGGUUUUAAUUUUAAAGCGGCGCCCUCCCUGUCCGGUCGAUCUGCGGCGCUCCCUUACAGCAGUGUUUCCUACGAGGCCAUGUGUUUGCUCCUAAUUGGUACUCUUUCAUGCUUUUGUAGCAAAGAAUUCACAGUUGGAUUGAAAGAAGUAAUUUUUUUGAUCAAAUCUCAUAUCUUUUAAAUUUACAUGAUCAUCUUUUGUGUUAAAAGUUGUUUACUGUAUGUAAAAAGAGAAAAAGAUACACAUAUAUAUAUUUUUUUUGCCUGCUGUUUGACCCUCUUUCUGGUCCGAAUCAGAUGACUGUUAAGAAGAAGCCAUUGUUGUUUAUGCUCCCAGUCCUUCAUGUAGAAGGAGCGGAGUGGUUUGCCUUUUCAAAACGUGAUGUCAAUGAACGGUUCCUUCAAAUGUCUCGCCUGAACACGCUCCCUCCUCCGCAGGCAGCAGGGGCGACCCAGCUCUAGUCGCUGAAUGCAUUUCUUAUCUCCAUCUUUUUAUGUGAAUAAUACAAAUCAGCACUUUCUCUCCUGAUCUUGCUGUUACUGGGGUGAGGGGAUUUCUUCGAAAGUCACUUUUUUCUGAAUGCAUGCUUAUUGAAUGUUACAACGAGCAGCCUUUUAUCUUUACUUUGGGAGGGGGGGGCUUGCCCUAGGAUAUUAGAAUCUAAGCUAAGGCAUUGUCUGGCUGGAUUGGCGUGUAAUCAGUUAGUCAAGGUAUACCAAAGUGCUUAUCAGGCAAGAUGGCACACAUAAAAACGCUUCACCAAAUGUUGGUAAAGAAUGAUGUUGCAGUAUUUACCUUCUGUUACCAUUUCUUCACUCUGUGACUCAUCGCUCAGCACAGAAGCUUCAGUAUUUUCUAAAGAGGAUGUCAGAAAAAAACUCACUUUGAUUCUGAUUUCUAGUAACACUACAUCUAUAAAAAAACUUGGAUUUGAUGACAUCUGGAUUAGAGACGUUAACAGUCAACACCACGAUCGGGAAGCGCGCCCGUUACACAAGGAAUGCCUUUGUCCUCAUCGUUGCCGAUUGGUUUGUAGCGCAUCUGUGUCACGUUUUUUUGAAUCCAAGGUGAGAAUCGAUCAGGGGAAUACGUUUAGAGCCAGCAUAGUGCAAACGGUCAGUGAAGACACGACAGCACAGUGCCAUUUGUAUGAGCUGAUAGUGCCAAAAUGACCUGUUGUAUAGUUUUCUCUUGUUUGAUUAUAUACAUGCUGCUUUGAAAGCAAGCAGGGCUUUGAAGAUUAGUCAUGAAAUGUCAGCGCUAAAAUCCAAAGUAUGCUUCUUUUUUUUUUUAUUUGAAAACCACAAGGGACUGGGACUUAAAAUGAUUUUUGUUUCAAUAAAACUCUUUAAAAACUAUCAUGUGGGAAACUCAGAAUCAGUUGUGGUUUCUUUCAGAGGUAAUACCUUAAUAAGGUCCCUUUGAUGGGUUUGGAAAUAUGAUCCAUGGUAUCUUGCAAAAACUGUUCAUUCCUUUUUCAUUAUUUUACAAACACUGACUUUAAAGGGAAACUUUUGGUUUUGUGACUCAGAGGACCUUCAACAUGUUUGCGUUUCCCCUACAUCUCCUAUAGCUAAACCACACUUCCAUAAAUGUCCAUUUAUGUAUUGCCUGUCCAGUAGUUAUCCUGUUGAUACAUUCUCCUACCCUAGCUAUGACUCUCCUGGUUACUUACCAAUCAGUCCUCUCAUUG